GCAGCCUCGGUACAGCACUUGUCGAGUUGUUCAUGUCACAUACGCAGAAAUAUGGCAGGAAAAAAGUAAAUGUUUGGUUGAUAUUCAGAAACUUUUGAUUAAUGGUGCAGAUCCACGUAUUACAUAUCAAUUUUUGCUGAAAUGUAAUUUGUAAUAUGGUAUUAGGUUGUAACCCUUAGUUGCUGUCCACGUAGAGUGACUUAGAUCAGUUAGAAAGGUUAAUUAUUGGGAAGCAAUAUCUUAGUGGUUACAGAGAAUGUACUAGCGCAGCAACGACUCUGGGACGCUCGGAACAAUAAAAUACAACACACAUUUUUUUGUAGCGUCCAUGUUGUUUCCAUAUUCCGACUUAAAAGUACAUGAAUACAACGAAGUCGGAAGAACGACUUCCCAACACGGGAAAUAGACCACCCGAAGAGCAUGUGAAUACGACUUAACACUAUUCGACACUCCCGCCCCUGGCGCUUCGCUGACUCAGCAGCGCAUGCCUGACCAAACGGGCAGAACUGUCGCUCAGGCAAUCUCGUGUCGCGAUAGUUCAAUGGAACUGGAUUCAAACUGUGGCGGUUGGUGGGUUUGACAGAGGAUUGUUCGCUGACGAGGGACCCCAGGACAAGGUGUCUGCCUUCACAUUGUUCCGCCCCUCGAUGAGCCUGGUGAAUGUCCAGACUGUAAGACCGGAGGAAAAGAGCCCAACGGACUGUAAAGAACUGGGAAAGAUGGCAGCAGAAGAGGAGAUACAGCUGCUCAGGAGCCAGCUGAGGGAGAGAGAGGAGCAGGUCCAUAAGGCUGCUCAAGCUGGUUUAGAUCUCCUCCACCAGCAGAUGGAACUGCAAAACAGACUUGAUGAACAGAGAAUAGAGAUGACCACCACACUUGAGGCUCUCGAGCAAGACAAGUACUCCCUGCAGAAGGAAGUAGAGUUGAAGAGUCGAAUGCUGGAGUCACUGAAGUCAGACUAUGAAUGUGUGAAGAACCAGCUGAGACAACAGCUUCAGGAACAACAAGAACAUCUGGAGAGGAGCCACAGCAUGGCACUCAAUGAGCUCAACAACAAGAUGCUGAGGUUGCAGUCGACUCUGGAGGAAUCUCAGUUGAAUGAGAAACAGCUGAAACACAAACUUGAGGUGCAGACUGAAACUCUGAAUAACAAAAUGGAGGAGCUUCAAGCUCUGAAUGACCACACCCUGAGCUCCAUGACGUCUGAGAUGAUGGAGACAAAGUUCAUGGAGCUGGAGACCAUUAAGGUGGAGUUGGAGCAGACUCUGCAGGAAUCUCAGUACAGAGAGCAGCAGCUGGAGCUGACAAUUAGCAACCUGCAGAAUCACCUGGAGAAAAUCACAGAGGAGAAAGAAAAGCGAGAGAAAGAGGCCGUUUCCUGGUAUAAUGCAUUAGAGAAAUCUCGUGCGGUUAACCGGGACCUCCAGAUCCAGUUGGACCAGGUUCUACAGCAGGCUCAAGAUCCCAACAGCAAAGGGAACUCUCUGUUUGCUGAGUUGGAGGAUAAGCGUGCUGAGAUGGAGAGACAGCUGAUCAGUAUGAAGGUCCAGUGUCAGUCUCUGCAGAAACAACACACCUUCAGCAAACAGCAGCUGCAGCGCAUGAAGGUUCAGAUAGCCACUCUGAUGCAGCUCCAGGGUUCCAGGGCUGACCCUGCUCAGCUGGAGAGACUCCAGUCCAUGCUCUCAGAGAAGAAUGGGGAGAUUCAAAAUCUCAUGACUAAACUACAGAGACUGGAAAAAGUGGAGAUGAUAUUGAAGUCUCAGCCAGCUAAUCCAACCCCAGCAGAAAGCAGUGAUGGCCAAGAUGAAACCUACUACACUGACCUGCUCAAAAUGAAGCUCAACAACACUGUUAAGGAUGCAGAGCGUCUAGGAGAUGAGCUUUCCCUGCAGAGGAUGAAGUCUUUGUCAGAGAGCCAGAGAGCUCUGGAGCUGGAAAGGAAACUCUUCACAUCUGAACGGCUGCUCAAACAGACUCAGAGUGACAAGAUCAAACUACAGCUACGAGUAGAGGAACUACACAACAAAUAUGAACCCAGAGAGGCAAAAAAGAAUCUGAUACAGAAGAGAAAGAAAGAGAAACUUCCUCUGGACACAGUACCCUCCUCUGAGGAAACCACACUUGACAAGGGUGAGCACGUAGUUACUGUUGAGAUGGAUGUCACAUAUAAUAAGGCUGCAGACCCAGAGGCUGACAUCUGUCCUACAGUUGAGGCACUGAGCUCCACACAAGGUUCAGAGCCGACUGAGCAACGGGCUGCAAAAUGUGUGAGGAUCAGUGGAGAUGAGCCUAUUGUGAUUCCCAACCUCAACUCUUCUGUGACUGCCUGUAAGCAGAUGGGGAACCAGCAGCAGAUUAAAAGAGAAGAGAGAAUAAAGAAACAAAAAGCAGUUGAGAUGAUCCACGUCAGCUCUAACAGCAGCAUGGAGAACCAGUGUCCUCAACAAUAGGCCUCAUCUGAAACACAGUAUAUGCUGCCACAUGUUGAUGCAUAUGUAUGCUGCUAUAUUUUCUGAUAUUCUUUAUUUACAUUCAGAUGUUAAGAUCUUAUGAUUUACUUGUACUUGUUUCUGCUGAUUUCUCUAUAAAAAAAUCUUGCAGUAUUAAAACAUUUGCAACAAAGAG